AUGGGCCGCUCCGACAAGCCGACCAAGCGGACCGUGGGUGCUGCCAAGGGCAAACCCGGCAAGCGAAAGGCAGUUCCGCCCAAGAAGGAAAGGCCGAAAGAGGCGACGGACGACCCGGUGGCGCUCUCGGAUCGGCACGUGGCAGAGGCUUUGGCAGAGUCCCUGCCCUGCGAUUUGACGCCGCAGCAGAUUUUCUGUGUGAUGAGCCAUUGGGCAAAACCCAUCCUCAAGGCGCGGAUCCCCGGGCAGGCUGGCCGGCGGCCAACGAAAGGAAUGCUGGAGAAGGCCAAGCAGCAGGUGUUUCGGUUCUUGGCACGUGAGAAAAGUCUGGGAGAGGACAGCAAGGUGGUGAAGGCCUUUCAGCUCGCUACAGGCGAGCCAUCUUUGCGCUUCGACUGGGACUUUGCUCAGCAAAAGACACGUCACGCCAGCCUGGACCGAAAGCGGGAGAUUGAUGCAUGGUCGGAGUGCUUUGCCAUGACCAGCGGCUCCAGCAACCUGCAGUCCGAGAUCUUCGUCUGCGGCACAAAGAAGCUUACACAGAGGGCCUUGAACUCGCUACUUUGCCACGAGUCCUUGCACAACUUGGCACGCCGCAUGCGACCUGGCAAUCCGUUCUUUGCAGAGGACACAGAGCACAUGGCCAUGGCUCUGCUCGGCGAUCCCCAGCUGGUCCACGAGGAGAACUUGGACAAGGUCUUAAAGGGCAAGGGUGACUGA